GAAACGACAAUGGCGGCAAUGGAGGAAUCACAAAUGUUGUAUCUAAGAUCAGUUCUCUCUCUCUCUUGUGGGAUUCGUGCCAGGCUUCAUUAACACAGUGGUACACAAUGACAGACGCCGUUGAGCUUCUCGUGAAUGAGGACUUGUUCGACUUCGGAGGAGGAGUAUCUACAGAUUUCAAGCUUUCGACUUACCAAACUGUUAUAGAACAAGGGCUUAGGUCAGACACAAUAUCUCCAGAAUGCAAGUCGAAACCUCAAGGUGAGGAUCUUGAAGAGAGUAUGCUUGCGGAUGAAUCAAGGAUGCUGACAGUGGUGGACAAAACAGAUGGCGAUGGUACAGAUGUAAAGCUGCAAAGCGAUUCACUUGAUGUCUUGACGCUUCCACGAAUCUAUGACCAGGAGCUCAUGGCUCACUUGGACGUAGUUGAUGACCCAGAUUCUGCUAUUGAAGAUGACGAGGGCUACUCUCAUGGGUCCACAAUUGACCGGGAUCGAACUUAUCAGGUGUUCUUGAAUGAUGCUGCUGAGUCUUCACAGAUUCAAAGACGAGGCAUCUUUCCAAAACCCAAGUACUUGGAACUAGAUACACUGAAGGUAUCUGUUGACAGAAAUGGGCUGUUCUCAGCAUCUAGUGGGAAGCGGCUGAUCGAUUCCUUGAACUCGUCAUUCAAUUUUCCUAGAAGAAUUAUGAGUGCCGACGCUAUGGGUACGAGUCUGAAUGAUGGUGAUGAUACACUGGAGCUCGGCAGCAGAAUUAGCCUAGAAGAUGCGCCAGUGAACCGUGGUGUGAAACUUAUCACCUCCGGAAGUUCUAUCGAACAAAGCAUUUGCAAGAGGUCUUUAACAAGACAUCCACUGGAGUCUGUAUUCGAAACCUCAAAAGUUGUCAACGCUGUUGAAGAGUAUGACCACAAUAAGGCAAAGACGAACAGACGCUCAAAGGAAGCCACCAUUAACCAUAAUGACUUUGGACAACUCGAAACUGGACAACUUGAAUUAUUAUUCCACAUUGAAUCCCCAAAACAAAUUGUUACAAGAAAAUACACUGUAAAUGGCACUGGAAACGCUACUAACGGCGAAUGCGACAUGCAGGGGCUUGUCUCACUAUAUGCAAAAGAUCUUCAAAAAGGAUCUCCAGAAAGACAGAACCAGAGCCUGGUAACUGAUGACUCUCUUAAUCACCUUAACAUAUACCAAGAGAACCCUGAGCGUUGGGGCAAUACAUUGACAUCGGCCUUUGAACUUAACGAUGAUAUCCUUUGUGAUAUUAAGUUUGAACAAGCAAAUAUUUGCUCUCUGUUGAGCGCACUUGAUUCUGUAUCUGAAGAUAACAGUGCCAAGAUGUUGAAUGCUGAGCCGUUAACGAAGAUAAGACCAACAAGCCCAAUAGUCCAUGCAAGCGCAAUAGUUGUUGAUAUGAUUAAAAGCAUUUCCGGGAAGAAAUCUGCAAGUCUGACAACAGAGGAUACAAACACUGCAUCCGUUACACAAGAGAAUAAAUCAAGCACCACAGAAGAAGACACAAUAACAACUCUUGAUCCUAGAUCUCUGCAGAUACAGACUGUUCCUAGUGAAAUGACAGUGUCCCCAGCUGGAACGAUGACUGCUAUGCUCUUAGCAAAAGAUACAAGUGAGAAAAGCACAGUAAAGUCACUUUUCCAGGAGAGGAUACAAUCAACAAGUGCUUUGGAGAAAUCAGACCAAGCCGAUACACAUAAAGACUGGACUCUAAAUAACAGAUUUGUCUCUCCACCACUUGUUACGAAGAGAAGAAAUUCCAUUAAGAAGAUAUUUUUCACGAGUCCUCAACCAUCCGUUAACCCAAGUAAAAAGUGGAACGAAGAUGAAAGGCAUGAGCGUGAGGACAAAGAAGAAAAACCAGGUUCCAUAAUCUCUUUGAAAUCGCUUUGGAGGUCAAGAACUCUAUCGCUUUCAAGACAACCCAAAUUCAACCUUGAGUCUGGUGCAUCGUUAUCAAACCCUGACGAUUUUGUACUUCCUGAGCCUGGACAGGAACGUUUUAAAGGUUUUGAUGAUGCCAUAAAGAUGUUGGAUGGCCACCACACUAUUAAACCGUCAAAUUCUAGGGAUUCCAACGAGACAGGAGAUACCUUAACGAGCUUGAUGGAUGAUAAAUUUCGUGGAUUCAAGUCUGUUUCAGAACAUGCUCCAACGCCUGCACCAGUAAUGUCUACCGAUUUUAGAAACAAGCCAACUAAUAAGUGGUUCAGAAUCAAAAGAUUGAGGACCCCGAGUCACCGCAAGAGAGUUGUAUCCUUUAAAAUCUCUGAUGACAAUAUGUAUAUCAAUGAGUCAGAUACAAUAUCAGAGAGAUAUCGAGGCGAAGAAACCGUGUUGAAGAGGACUCAAUCAGACCUGCAGCAAAGGAGACCGACACGCUUCAGAUCAUUCUUCUCCAGCUGGAAAGGAUAGUCGAUGCUACAAAUUUCAGUAUAAGGUGUAUGUUACUUCAAUAUAAGCCUCUCUUAAAAU